AUGAGCAGUGAAGAAGGAGAAGGCCCUGGCUACUGGCUUCAAUGGCAAGUGCUGGUUUGUGCUCUGAUUGUUACCGUUCCAGCAGUGAUAGCUCUGAAAUUUGUGAAGAAAGCAAAGCAGCAACCUUUGAAUUCUGUGGACUUGUGGAGCACAUGCUGGAGAUCCCUCGAUCCUCUUUGGCUUCUCUUUUACAGAGCUUUGGUCUUCCUUUGUAUGGCCAAAAUGCUCUAUGACAUGGUCUCCCAAUAUGGACUUUUUACCCUUGUUUUCUACACCCAGUGGACUUUUGCGUUGGUUAUGCUGUAUUUUGCGCUGGGAACAAUUAUAUCUGCUCAUGGAUGUUGGGUUGGAAGGUCUACUUACAGAGAAGAACAAUCGAAGGGUAGAGUCAAAUCGAAAAGCCACCAAGCUCGAAAUGAGAUAAGCCAAAGAGCAGGAUUCUUUGGAAAUCUAAUGCAGAUUAUGUAUCAGAUAUGUGCAGGUGCUGUGAUGCUAACAGACAUUGUAUUUUGGUGUCUCAUACUACCAUUUCUAACAAGCAUAGAAUUCGAACUGACCCUGUUGAUAGGUGCCAUACAUGCUGUGAAUGCUGUUUUUCUAAUCGGGGAUACCGCUCUCAAUAGGCUUCCAUUUCCCAAGUUGGGUUUUGCAUAUUUUGCGCUCUUCGGCUUCCUCUAUAUUCUUUUCCAAUGGCUCCUUCACGCCUUUGGUGUUAAAUGGUGGCCAUAUCCUUUCCUCGAGCUUAAUACACCUUGGGCACCUUUAUGGUAUUUUGGAUUGGCAGUAUGGCACAUUCCCUGUUUUUGGAUAUACUCCCUAAUCGUCAAGGCCAAAAUUUCAAUCCUCCCAAGCUUGUUUCCUCGUGCAUUGAUAAUAAGGGAAAAUGAACCACAGAAGGCACAUACAACACAGAGUGCAUCAAAAAAGCUCAGGCCAAUGACGCAGACAUGCACACAUGGUGGUAUGGUGGGAGACUGA